ACAAUGGACACAGCUCCAGAAUUCUUAUCAUCAGAUUUUAUUGAUGUCCCAGAGUCUCAGAUUCAUCCAUUUACAUGUCGAGUGGCACGUAAACAGAUUGAUAAUUCUUGUUAUCAAGAGGUAGAGAACAUUAUGAUAGGACAUGUCAGCACGAAAUAGGCAUUCUAAUUCAUUACAUCAAUCUCCAUAUCCGAAUACUUAUGGUUUUGAUGAUAAUAUGAAUAAAGGAGCCUCUUCCAAGAGUGUUGUAACGUGGGUUUAUCCUUUCGGAAGUUUUAAUAUGGACGAUGAUUGUUUCAAGGAAAUGGGUGAAUUUAGAAAAUGGAUGAAUGAUGGUCGCAAACCACGCAACAAGGAUCGUAGAAUCUAUGUUGCAUUGUUUGCAAAAAAAUUCAUAUAUGACAGUAAUAUGGUUGACAAUGAAUGUGAUGUGAAUACACAUCGCAUAAAGUUUGGCUCGUUGUUGUGGAAGUAUGGCAAGAUGAAACUGGACAAACAUAUUACUAGUGAAUCUGAAUCGUCGGGAAAAAUGAAAAUAAUGAAUCGUGUGAAGCAUACAGAUAUGUUCAUGGUACCAGAGCCUUGGAAUCAAAGUUUGAUUCAAGUUUUUCGUUUCGAUCUUCUCUUCCACAGCCGAUCUGGUUAA